GGGCGGGGCGGCCGGGCCCGGAACGGAGUCCGGGUUUGUUGUUUUUGCCCCAGCGGCUCCUCAGUCGCCUCAGCCGCGCCGCCGUCGCCAUGUCCAGCCCUCAGGAACAGCCGCAGCACAACAACAACAACAACCCGCCGGCGGACGGGACGCACGGCGAGCCCGGCCUCAACAGUUCCUGGGUGGAGCUGCAGAUGAACGGCAACGGCAACGGCAAUGACAACGGCAAGAACGGGGGCCUGGAGCACGUGCCAUCCUCCUCCUCCAUCCACAAUGGGGACAUGGAGAAAAUCCUGCUGGAUGCACAGCACGAGUCAGGACAGAGCAGUUCAAGAGGUAGUUCCCACUGUGACAGCCCGUCACCUCAAGAUGAUGGACAGAUAACUUUUGAUGUGGAAAUGCACACAAGUAAAGACAGUAGUUCUCAGUCCGAAGAAGAAGCAGUAGAAGGAGAGAAAGAAUUGGAAGUUUUGAAGAAAAGUGCAGACUGGGUGUCAGACUGGUCAAGUAGGCCUGAAAACAUUCCUCCCAAGGAAUUCCAUUUCAGACAUCCUAAACGUUCAGUGUCUCUAAGUAUGAGAAAAAGUGGAGCAAUGAAAAAAGGUGGCAUUUUCUCUGCAGAAUUUCUUAAGGUUUUCAUUCCAUCUCUGUUCAUAUCUCAUGUUUUGGCUCUGGGACUAGGCAUCUACAUUGGGAAACGCCUGACCACACCUUCAGCCAGCACUUAUUGAAGCCAUGGAGUGCAAACCUGGACCCCAUGUGACCUGUGAAGGUGUUACUGUCUCAUUUAGUACAUUUGACUUGAGACCAUUUUAAGCAUGACCCUGACUUCACCCUUUCCUUCCAUAUCCAGGUUUUUGCUAACUCUGGAAUUCAGUAUUGUGUUGGAACUCUGUUGAGGUGUUUGGCUAUCCACAUUCUUUCCCUCUGUCCCAUUCCCCUGCCUCUUGGCCUGCAAGACACGUCAGAGUUGCUGGAUGGAGUUUACAACUGUCUCUAUGUUGCAAGGGCUUCUCUCAAUGCAAAAUGCCACCAGCAAGUUUAAUUUUAUCAGUGAUGCUGUUGCCUCCUUAGUGCAACCUGACUUCAGUUGCAGUUGUGCAUGAUCUAAGUGUUGACUGCAUGGUGGUGAUAAAACAGUCUCUUUGGAAGGAAAUUACUGAUUGAAGUGGGAAAGAGUUUUUCUUUUGUAAAAAAGCAGCUGGUUGUG